AUGAUUACAUCAGCAACGUGGGUUCAUGUACAAGGUGCGUGUAUAAUGAUUUGAAUCCUGAUAUUUUGCUAUUUGGCCAUAAAGCACUGCUGCGCUACACAAGGGGAGCGGUAACCCCGCUUACAGACACAAGACAAACUGGACCGUGUGGAUAGAUUGCACCACUUAUCAUGGACCUAGGGGUGGGAAUGAUCGGGAAAUUUGUAGUGGUUUUAAUCUAGCAACUCCUUUCGUAUUUAAAUGUACUUUGAGGCUUGCUAAGAGAAACUUGUCAUUACUGCAUUCUUGAAUGGAAAACUCUACGAGGAACGAACGUUUCCGCUUAAUCUGCGAUUACUACUAUCAGUUAUGUGUUGGUUGUAAUGUUUUAAUAAAAGACUUGAAGGGAGUGCUUUUAUUUUGACUCAUGUAUUUUUUUCUAUUGUAGUUAUACCAGCGAUAGGCUUGUUCUUAGACAAGGAACCGUCAGCUUGGGAGCUAGGCAACAUUGUUGAUUAUAGCCUCUCGAAGAGGAGUGGACUUAUAUUCAAGUCAAACAUUAGGAGUCAUACGUCAAAAUUUCAAUACCCGUCGCUUCGCGAAAGGCUCUACAUAGAUAAAAUUCCAAAAUGGAGUUCACUUGUUGUUGGAGAGACAGUGUUGGUUGAGGUUCAAUCGAACGAGUUUCAGUUAGGAAAGAUUGUUUCCCUCACUGCGAGGUCAGAUAACCGCGGCGGAAAAGUGACAGUAAAGACACAGGAAAACACGAGGGAAUUUGAUCACAAUGCUAUACGGAUACAGGGUAGGUGUAUUACGACGUAAAUAUCACAUGAUUUUUAGUUAUUCAUUAAAAGGAGCUGUGCAUGCCAAGAAAGUUAUCGAAAUUCAAACAGUUGGAAAUGCUACGAGAUUGAGCGAAACAUUAAAAUAACUCCUCAAAAUAUAAAUAAAAAGCAUAAGUGUCACAGCAUAUACAAAAAAGGUCAUGGAUGGACAAAUUUGAAGAAGAUUGAAACGGGUUGCAACUGUGGUUUUUUAAAAUUUAUAAGCUUUACGUUAACAGUUUUUCAAAGAUAAUACUUUUUGUGGAUCAAUUUAAGUUUCUGGGAAACUGCCCACCUACCCCUCCCCUACACUAACAUUUUGUCCUUAGAUAAGAUGUAAGUGUUAAUUUUAUAGCUUAAGCGAGGGGUAGGUGGGCAGUUUUCCAGAAACCUGAAUUGAUCCGUUUUGUUUGUAACUCCAGAUGCAACGCUUGGGAGACAUAUUUUUCGGACAUGAAUCACUGAUUUUGCCUUUGCUAAAGUCAAGUUCCAAAGCGAAUAAGGACGUAGCUUGCGAGCAAGCUUUCCGGGGUGCUCUGGCGGCGGGGCGGGAAAAGGAAAGAGAACUUGAAACUGCGUCUAUGGAAUUUAAAUUCCAAUUCCCCUUUGGCUCCCCGUCGACUGAGCUGUCAGAUUUUUGCCAAUUAGCGCGAAGCGGAAACGAGUGCGAAUGUAAACAAACGUCAUCAACUAAUGUCAUCUCCGCCAAACAAAAUUUCGCAUCGACUUUUUCGAUCCAGAUUUUCAAAUUCCAGGGACGUAGUUGCAAGCUCUCCUUCCCUUUCUCGCUUCGCCGCCCGAGCGCCCCGGAGAGCUUGCUUGCAGGCUAAUAAGGACGUUUAAUUAAAAGUAUUAACAAAAUGAACUAGACAGCAGUGACAAAGACCCUUUAAAUCUUUGGCAAUGGCAGUCGUGAUAAUUAUCAUCCGGCAAAGGCUAAAAAAAGGCUAAAACAUCAAUUUGAUUAAAUCUCACCUUGUUUGUUUAUUUUAGGAAUGAACAUUUGCCAGUUUGAAGAGGCUGCCUGUAAUACUGACUCUGAAGACUGUCGACCGAUCUAUCUAAAUAAAUGGCUCGUUAUACCUUCAAAAUAUAAAUGCUCCUGCAAGGAAGGCUACCGGAUACAUCCAAUACACAAAUGCAUUGGUUUGUGAUGUUUUUAUAGUUUGUGGCGUAUUAUUUACCAGCUUUUCUGGGCACAUGCCUGCCCAGAGGGAAUGUGCACGAACGGGACUCAGGUCCCAUGCAAGGUGCCAUCCGUACCCAAUCCCACAACCCGUAAAGGUUGGCCACACCACCGUGGUCUACGACCCCUACUUUUUUCGAAUAGUGAUGUGGGUUCCUUUACGUCCCACAAGAACAAAUCAGUGAAAGUGCUGUGAGACGGAACCUACGGUUUUUCGUCCUUAUCCGAGAAGACUUAGAAAAUCUAACCAUUUGCAGAUGUCAUUACAAAGGCAGCACUUUCUUCUCAGUUUUUUCAAAGACCCUGAGUGUUGGUCCGGCCGGGGUUUGAACCCGCGACCUCCCGCUCGGCAGACCGGUGCUCUCCCAACUGAGCUAACCAGGCGGCGGUUAUUAAACGUGUAGCUGGGACUCUGAUACAAAAGUGAAAGAGCCUUGGCAGUUCGAUAUAGUAAAAUAUUGAGAAUUAAAAGAAAAGAGGUGGAGCCCAUUAAUCAACACGUAGGCGUCCUCUCUUAUGGGAAUAAGUUAAGGUAGGUCCUUUGCAGCCAGUAAUUCACAUGCUACAAAACUGCAAUGUUGAAGAGUAGACAAACAAAGUGGAUUCUGAUAUUAAAUGUUGUAAGCUCUUUGUAUCUCUUGUCUCAGUGCGUACCCUGCUCUCCAGCAUGGUGGUUUUGUACCUUGUGAAUGACUAGGUACGAGGGGUCUAUUCAUAAACUGUUCCGACAAUAUUUGACCAACAAAGAGGAGAUAACCUUUACCCUUCAUUAACUUUAAACAAACACUGGAUUGCUUUUAGAUGCUCAGAACAUUGUUCUUUAAUGGAAUGUAUGUUUCUUUCUUGAGCCAAUGAAGUUAAUCCUUAGCUCUUUUCAUUUUUUUUAUUUCUUUUGGGAGAUUGCUUGAGGUUUCCCUGCUCUAAUAUUUAUGCUUCCAUUGAAGGUCCUAUCACGAUGGAGAACCCAGCUGAUAAACCAACAGAAUUUAAGGACAACAAUGAGUCUCGAGAUGACACAAGGGACAACUUCGACGACGACUUUGAUGACGACGACUUUGAUGUUGACGACUUUGAUAUUGAUGACACACUUUGGGAGGAGUCGGACAAAAAAGAGAACCAGUCUCAUAUUGGGGUCAUUUUAGGGAGCUUGUUCGGGGCCCUUGGAGUGGCUGCCAUCGUAGCCUUUGUUUUAUGGAAGUGAGUACAUUUCACUUAUUACCACUCGCUAUUGUAAGGAGAGGUACUGUAACGAAACAUGUUACGAUGCUACCAAAUCACAAGCCUCUUGUUACAAUCUUUUCAGCGUGUUACAAACGAUUUAUUAUUAUUUUUUUAAUUCUGAAUGUAUGUGCUUUUGAGAGUAAUAUCUGCGCGACUUUGCCUGGAAGAAAUAUUGUCCCUUAAUUAGAAUGUGAAAAAAUGUUUCAGUUUUGUAAUCCUUCCUGUAAUUCUUGCGUAAUGUGCAUUUCUUUUCCCAGAAAAUUUGCCAAAAGAAUGACCAGCGAUGAGCGACUUCGAAAGAGGAUCAUAGAAGAAAUGGUGGGGAAAUGGAAAGAAGAAAAUCCAGACAUGCACCUGCAGGAGAAGAAAAUGAAAGUCCUAAGCUACUUUCGGAACAUUCCUUCAGUGUUGAAGGACAGAAUUUCUGCAUUCUUACAGAGACGGCCUGACACUCAGCCGACGGUGGAAGUGAAAGAAAUGCAGGAGGGCCAUGAUGAUCAUAUAAAGGAAAAUCCUGAGCCGGAAGAAAAUACUCCUGACGAUGAUCGAGAACACCAUGAUGAUAAUCAUCACGAAAACCCUCGAACGGAUGCACAAGAAUGCCAAGGAGACGUGAAAGACCUAAAUGAACUGAACGCGAAAAAUACUCUUAACGAUAAUGAAGAACACCUGGAUGACAAUCUUCACCAAAACCAUCAAACGGAUGCACAAGAAUGCCAAGGAGGCCUGCAUGACACAACCACACAAGAAGACCAAGAGGUUUCCCAUCCUGAUACACAAGAAAGUCACGGUGAUCUUAAGGGGGUAAUCCUUCAUCAAGAGGCGCAGGAAAACCAAGAAAAUCCCCCCAAGGAGAGCAUCUUCUCUGAAGCGCCUCAGUCAGACCUUCCCCUUCAAAAUAUCAAUGGUCAGGGACAACUACAGCAAGAUGCAGCGGAGGGUGAAGAAGAACUGCACUAG